AAUCAAAAGCCUCACAGCUGAUUUAGUUUCUAACAGGGCGCUAAAGACAAGCCCUUUCAAUGUUCCCUUGCUAGUUUCUAGUAUAGUGUAGGAUUGUUGUAGCUAGAUCACUGGCUGUAGCAUCUGCCAAUCAUCUCAAUAACUAGCUAGUCUAGACCAGUCUACUCAGCACUGCCUUAGUAAGCUUAGAUCACACAGAUCAGCUUCAUUCCUCAGAGCUUGUAUCCCUGCAAUGGACAGCACCCCCGUCAAGAGAGUUACAAGAGCGUCGAGAAAGAGAUCACAGGAGGACAGUACAGCUACACUGGAACAGGGCCCAUCCAGAAAGAGACAGGCUACCAAAGAGACGGCAGCAGCAGCUACCAUCCAGCCAGCCAUGGAGAUGAAAGAGAACUGUAUGAUGAUGUCAGUGCUGUGUCUACACAAGGCUAGUAAGGAGAACCCAGCUGGCUACUACAAGCAACCCCCAUUGGGAGGAGAGGGACUGUUCAGUAGCUGUGCCCCCUCGGAGACCCGCUCCCCCCUGCCCUCACUACGAUGGGCUGCCUCGGGAGAAGUGUGGGCUCAGAUGAGACAGCAAGACGUUGUCAAGUCAGCACCUGAGGCAGACCUGCAAGUGCGCCACCCUGGUAUUGUUCCGAGCAUGAGGGUCAUCUUGUUGGACUGGAUGUUGGAGGUGUGUGAGGAGUACAGGCUGCAUAGGGAGACAUACUAUCUGGCAAAGGACAUGUUAGACAGGUUCUUGGACACAAGAUCUGGACUCCAGAAAGAGCAACUACAACUAAUAGGUGUAACCUGUCUGUUCAUCUCUGCCAAGAUAGAGGAGAUCUAUCCUCCCAAGGUUGGAGAGUUUGCCUAUGUCACUGAUGGUGCUUGCUCAGUGGCAAGUAUCACAGAAAUGGAGCUCAUCAUUUGCAAGACUCUCCGCUGGCGUCUCAACCACAGUCAGGUGACAGUCAACACUUGGGUUAACACUUACGUACAAUUGCUGAGUCAUCAUUUGCGUCCUGGAGUCAAGGAGCGAGAGUUUGAACUACCAGCAUUCUCACCAAUAGAGUUCAUUAAGGUCAUGCAACUACUCGACCUUUGCACCCUAGAUACAAACAGUCGGCAGUUUGGGUCAAGUGUACUUGCUGCGUCAGCAUUCUUUCUGUCUUCAGAGCGAAGUCGUGCUCACCUACUAUUAAUCACAGGGUACGAGCUGAGUGAGAUUAGACUGUGUGUGGGAUGGAUGCAUCCAUUUGCUGUAGUCUAUGGACACAACGGAACCAUCAUACAGAAAGCUUUCUCAGGAGUGAUACCUCAAGACACUCAUAACAUACAGACACACGAUAUCUCCAUAUCAAUGAUGGAUGAUGCUAGAGAGCUGGGGACUACAGAAGAAUAUCUGAGGAUGGGAUAUUACGAGUCCUCUGUGUUUCUCACGCCCCCUCGCUCUGAGAGGCGUUGCCUAGCACCCAUCAACUCACCACACUAGGACACUCAACAAUUUUUUGUAUGUUUUCAAUGUAGCCCACUAUAAUUAUUAUAUGGUUUUAUCUUCACUUACUCUGACACACCUGUUACAGUAAUCAUUUCUUUAUUAUCUUAAUUCGUUGUACCAACUUUUGACAAUGAAUUGUGACUACAUGGUAAAAA